AUGGGCUGCGCGCUUUCGAGCCCUGUGGAGCUCAUCCGAGUGCAAAGGCAUGGCAAUGCUGCCUUCCGCUGCGCUGUAGCUGAGAUGCAGGGCUGGCGGGUUGGGCACGAGGAUGCUCAUGCAAUGCGCUGUGAUGCUUCAUCGGCCACCUGUUUCGUGCUGGAUGGUCAUGGAGGCGAUGGCGCGGCACUCUUCUCCGCCCCCGAACUUCUGGAGGAGGUGAGCAAACGGGAGAAGGCUCCAGAUGUGCCAUCUGACGCGCAUUUAGAGGAGGCUUUUUCGACGGUCGACAAGCGCUUGCGCGGCUACUUCCAAGAACAUGCUGAAAAGGACUCUGGGACCACGGUGGUGGGUGCUGUUUGUGCAAAAACCAAGGACGGCAGCUACAAGGUGAAACUCCUGAAUUGCGGAGAUUCCCGCGCGCUGGUGGUCCGAAAUCCCAAAGAGGAGGCGUGUCCCGAGCCCUUGAUACGCCGGCCUGGCCACAUCGAAGCUUUAGGGACCAAAGGCAAUCCUGUCAAGGGUGAGACCCAGGUUGCAGCACCCACGGGAAAGAAUCCGUUGAUCGCGAAGCUGCCACCACAAUGGUUCCAAAACGUUCGAGGAAAUGGGGAAGAAGGUGAUGCAUUUCCAGACAGCGAGCCUAUCUACAAGCCCAAGGGCCGGGAGCAACGACGUCGAGAGCUGGACGAGCAGCAGGAUCAACUGGGAGACGUUUGCAAGGGCCUGCCUGGCAGCCUCAGCAUGAUGCACAAGUACAAGAGGGGCGACCUCCAGUUGAGUGACAUCGAUGAGUUGAUGAAGAGUUAUGAUCAAAUGGCCGGGUACACUGAACGAGAGACGCCGCAGAAUAUGCUCUUCUGCGGACCUGUCGAGGAGGAGACCUGGCGCAUGCGAAGGAAAUUGAAAACUGGAAUGUACACCCACAAGAUCGGUGAGAACUACUCGUGCAAUGAGUCGCAGUUUUCCAGCCACGCCCAUGCGCGCUUCUUCCUAGAAGCCUGUGAUGAGCUGGGCCUAACGCGAGAGGAGGCUCCCUUCGUCCCGAGAAAGCUGAAUAAGUUUGGCAUUAUGGAAAUGCAGUCGGAAUCCACUUUGAAUUGA